AUGGCGACAGAUGUCUUGGUGCGAACAACGGAACAUUGCCCAAGUUCUUCUCCAAACCCUGUGCAGUCUAAAGGCCGCCUUGCUCCCAAACACUUCCGAUCGGUGGACUGGCCGACAGUGCACCAAGCGAUGAAGUCUCUGAAGCCCGCCGAACAGCGCUUCAUCACAAAACAUACCGUUGGGAUGUGCGGUGUCGGCAAGUUUGGUAAACGAUGGGGCCUUGACUCUGAGAACCGAUGCCCCUUGUGCGGCCUGGAGGAAGACCACCUACACGUCCCCCGCUGCCCUUCCGACCGGGCCAAGACCCAGUGGCAGCUCCUACUCCAAGAAGUCCAAGAAUGGUUCCAGUCCACCACCACGGCUACACCCAUCGCCCAAUUCCUUGGGGCCCUUCUUCGCACCAUCCGCACCCCUGCUUGGUGCCGCAUGGAUGGAUGA